AUGAGUUCAUCAUCGUCCAGUACCAUGCCGCGCUCAACCGGCGGUAAAUUAGCAUCGAAGGGUUUGAAACCUUCAACCAAGGUACGUGAAGACAAAAAGAAGAAGCGCAAACGCAAGGAGUCGUACGCAAUCUACAUCUACAAGGUGUUGAAGCAAGUGCAUAUUGAUACUGGCAUCUCCAGCAAAGCAAUGAGCAUCAUGAACUCAUUCGUGAAUGAUAUCUUCGAGCGUAUUGCUGCGGAGGCGUCGCGGUUGGCUCAUUAUAACAAGCGGGCAACUAUCACAAGCAGAGAGAUUCAGACUGGCGUGCGUUUGUUGCUUCCAGGCGAAUUGUCCAAGCAUGCUGUGAGUGAAGGCACUAAGGCUGUCACAAAGUAUACCAACACUAAAUAA